AUGAUAACAAUACAUGAGAAAUGGCAUCCGAUUCUAGGUGAAAAAAUACCUUUGAUUGAACCCCACGAUUAUGUUAAACUCAGUAAAAUUUUAGCACCUCCAAAAUUGGCAAUUCAUGAAAAGAAUGGAAGCGUUGCUUACGUUCUUCACUAUAUUCGCCAGAAAGUUAAAAUGUGGGGGGCUGAUGUUCUUAAAGCAGAAAAUAUUAAAACUUUGGUCGAAGAAAAUGAUGAUGAUGUUUCUGAUGAGGAGUCGGAAUCUUCUGACUUGGAUUCGAUGGAUGAAGACCAAGUUGUUAGGAAAAAUCAAUUGUCUCGAUUUGAUUGCAUUGCUAGUUUGCUUGCCUCUGUUGAAUGCACUGUAGCUCAAGAUAUCUUUCGAACCUUAUCACAAUUUCCAAUUGCACUCCCCUUGACAAUACCUGAAUUAGACAAAAAAGAAAUGUUUAAAGUGAUGCUUCCUUUGCUUGUUGGUCCAGUUAUCAAAUGGGAAACAAAACCCGGGACAAUCAUUGAAAACCACCUUUUCAAUGAUCAUUUCAAAUUAAUUGUUGCCAUUCGAAUUGGAACAAACUCUCCAGGAAAAAGUGUUAUUCUUAAUCAAUUAAUGACUUCAGAUUCUAUGUUCUCUUCAAGUUGUGAGCCAAGAGCAGAAUAUGGGACUCCACAUAUGAUUAAUGGAAGCAUUGAAUUUACUUGGUUAACCCAAGAAACUUGUGGAGUGAGUCUAUGGAAUGAUGUUUUUGAAAAUUAUUAUAAAGAAGGGGCAAAAGAUAUUGUUUUACUUGCAAAUUUACAUGGUGAUGCUUUAGAUUAUCCAGAUCAAAUUAAAUUUUUAAAGCAACUUCCUUCUAGUUUCUUGGUUUUUUUAAUGCCUGAAUGUACUAAUAAUCAAAUAAAUGAACUUGAGGCUCUAAUUGGUUCCAAAAAAAGAAUAUAUGGCUGGGUGAAUCACAGAAAAACCAUAGACAAAAAGAAAUACAUGAUUGAUACCAAAUUUUUAAUGAAAGACAAGAUGUUAAAAAAAGUGCGCAUGAUGUUUAAAGAAGCCUUAGAUUUUGAUGCUUCAUCAUUCAGUGCUAAUGAACUUGAACUGGGAGGAUCACUUCAAUUGACUGAAGGCAUUGAACUUGACAAGUCUCAACUUUUGGCAGAUUUUGUUAAAGAUAAAACUUGUCGUCACAUUAAACUAGAAGUAAUGCAGCUUCAAAGAAAACCACAUAAUGAAUCCCAAAUUUGGAAAGAUAAUUCCGAAUUGCAACAUUUAAUAUCAUUGUACAUAAACAUUUUAAAACUGCCUCUCAACAAAAGGAUACGAGCUCUAGCACAUCUUGAAAGAGAAGUAUCUAGGCUCUCUAUGAUGGAAUCCUCUGAGGCUCGAAAUCAAGCUGUAUUGAAAAGAGAAGAAUUACAUAAAUCUAGUUUGGUCAAUAGGAAUCAAGAAAAUGAAAUGAAAAUUCGAGAUGAAAUUACAAAAAUUUGGGAAAAAGUUGAUGGCAUGAGUUUAGGUUUGGAGCAUUUUUUUCGUGAAUUGGGGCAAAUCUAUAAGAUUUCUUCUGUCAAUGAUCCAGAAAGUGAAAUUGUUUUAAAGUUACCAGAAUUUUAUGCUCAACUGUUAAUUAGUGGUCACACUAUAGAAUUACUUGAUGGUGAUGCUGGAGCUAUAUCUGAAGCUUGGUUCUCAGCCAUUUGUGGGCAUAUUUCUAUUCUAUAUCCUGGACUUAGAAUUUUUGUAGUCAGCAUACUUGGUUUACAAUCAUCAGGCAA